GCGUAUAAAAAUUCGCUCGUGGACAGUGGCCGUAAAAAGCGGACCACCAUGCGCCGUGCGGCAUCCAAGGCUUGCAAGAGUGGCAGUGCCGCCCUGAAGAGUCCCAAGGGAAAGAAUAGAAGGAGCCGAGUCUCUAAGAGGAAAUCCUGCGCUAAACCCAGGAACCAGAGGCGGUCUACCAAGAACUGCCAGAAACGGGGUAAAAGUGGAAAGAAAACAAAGUCAACCUCAAAAAGAAAUUGUCAGCGCAAGACUAAUAUGUGCCACGUCAAGUUUGAUGGCUGCCAAUGUACAGAGGAUCGAGCAAGAGGCCAGCAAAUGUGCCUUAAGUGCUUGGGAAACAUCUGUGAUUGGGCCAAGGCUGGUGUGACCCCCAGCGAGAUGCAACUGGUUCUAAGCCAUCGUUACAACAAGGGGCAGAAAUAGGCGCUGAGCUGCAAGGCAGUUGACUUCUAAAAUGUUCAAAAAAUUCGGUUAAAUACUUAGGCUUUUAAAUUCAUAUUUUUGGAACUGCUUAUUGUCAAAAUUUCCACCUUUUCUAAAUUUUAAUAAAUUUUGCAAUAGCCCGGA